AUGUCUUCUCAACCUGAACACGCUACUCUGCUCAUUCCCGGACCCAUUGAGUUCGACGAUGAUGUCCUCAAGUCUAUGGGCCACUACAGUGAGAGCCAUGUCGGCCCUGGCUUCGUCAACACCUUCGGCGAGACCCUCUCCAUGACCCGCAAGCUCUUCCAAUCGACCGACCCCUCCGCUCAACCUUAUAUCAUUUCCGGUUCCGGUACUUUGGGAUGGGAUAUCGUCUCUGCCAACCUUGUCGAGGCUGGUGAGGAUGCCCUUGUUCUUAGCACUGGUUACUUUGGUGAUGGCUUCGCCGACUGCCUGCGCGCCUACGGUGCCAACGUCACCAAGAUCGACGGUGAGGUUGGUGGCCGACCUCAACUUCCCGAGAUCGAGAAGGCACUUUCCGAGAAGAAGUACAAGAUCCUUACAGUUACACACGUCGACACAUCAACUGGUGUCCUGAGUGAGCUCAAGAACCUCGCCGCUACUGUCAAGCGAGUAUCCCCCGAGACUCUUGUUAUUGUCGAUGGUGUCUGCAGUGUUGCUUGUGAGGAGAUCGCUUUCGACGAGUGGGGUCUCGAUGGUGUUGUUACUGCUAGCCAAAAGGCCAUUGGCGUUCCUGCUGGUCUCUCUAUCUCUUUCUUCAGUGGCCGCGCUGUUGCUGCCGCUCUCGAGAACCGCAAGACUCCUAUCCCCGCCUACUUCGCUUCUAUGAAGAACUGGACUCCCAUCAUGAAAAACUACGAGGCCAAGAAACCCUCUUACUUCGCUACUCCCUCUCCUCAGCUCGUCCACGCCCUUCACACCAGUCUGGGCCAGAUCCUCUCCAAGCCCUUGUCCGAGCGAUUCCAGGGCCACAUCGAGGUCUCUAACAAGGUCAAGAAGGCCAUCACUGACCUCGGUCUCAAGAUCGUUGCCACCAAGCCCGAAGACCAGGCUCACGCCAUGACCGCUAUCUACCUGCCCGAGGGUGUUGGCGCUCCCGAUGUUCUGCCCAAGUUGGCUGGCAAGGGUGUUGUCUUUGCUGGCGGUAUUCACAAGGCCAUUGCCUCCAAGUACAUCCGAUUCGGUCACAUGGGUGUUAGCGCUCUGGAUCCUAGCCGAAACCACAUGGAGAAGGCCAUUAAUGCUCUCAAGGAGAGCCUGUUUGAGGCUGGCUACAAGCCUUGA